GGAGGUGGAGGCGUACCAGGUGCCUGCCGUCGCCGACACGCGGGUGGUUGACGUGACGGGCUGCGGCAACGCCUUCUGCGGCGGUUUCCUGGCCGCACUCUUCCGGGGGGGCAACGCCACCCGCCGCCAGCCGCGCAGCAGCAGCAGCAAUGGCAGCGGGCACACGUGCAGCAGCAGCGACAGUAAUGGCAAUGGCGGCAGCAGCAGCAGCUGCGGGCACAGCGAACACUACGACACCGGCACUGCGGCUGGUGCCGCCGCGCAGCAGCAGCAGCAGGGGGAGGAGGGGCAGGAGGCGGGGGCGGAGGCGGCCCCCCUUCUCCCGCCCGCCUGGCUGCAGUCAGGCGAGCUGUCGGAUGCGGCUGCGUGGGGCUGUGUGGCGGCGUCCUUCAUGGCGGAGGAGCGGGGCGUGCCGGGCAGCAGCGUGCGGGAGCUGCAGCCGAGAGCGAGGGAGCGACUGCGCCACCUGCUGCCACGCGUGCAGCCUGUGCAACUGAUGGUGGCAGGUAGCAGGGCAAGGAGGGUCGCGAAGCCAGUUGCCAGAAUGCAAGCUGGCACUUCAGUUUCGAGCGCGGCAAACCGGUCGUAUCGCAGCGGGGUAACGGUAUCGUGCGUUCGAGUCGCACCGGCCACAGCGCCUCUUGCAAUUCGAGGUUUGCGCUUGUGAGGGAAUGGGUAGAGGAUAGGUCACAUGUGCGUUUGGUAGCUCCGAGAAAAACUACCAAAUGCAAGCUGGGGAGCUGAAAGCGUCGACGAGGAUCGGCUUGCAAUAGCAACGAUACAUUAGCAACGGCUUAAAAAUGUAACGCACAGAGUUUAACCGUUUGAUGGCAUGGGGGAUUUAGGCGCGUCGACCGUACGACACUACGGGUGAGUGUUAGUCCUGUGUAGGAGAGUGAUUAUUCGAGGUUGACGAUAGUAGGUCCGUAUGGCAAAUGGUCAUAUACUCGCGAAGCCACAACAAUCCUUGUUGUUGUAGAGAGCUCCUGCCUGUGAGGCUUCCAUUCACAAACUUGACAGGCAGCGUGAGAACCUGGCGCCCUCAAAGCCUGCCCUGCUGACUUCUGCACAAUUACCGUUGCCUACUACCUAUGGGGAUAUGGUCAGGCACAGUGCUUCCAUCGGUACCGCUUGACAUAAGUGGAACCGUGGACUUCACGAAUGCGCUCUGGGCGUGCGUAAUUUGUGCUGGCAUAGCGUGCCUUGGGACAGUGAUGUCGCGGAGACGCUGUCAAGGGCGAUUAAGGGAAAUGGUAUCCAUCCUGCCAAGCUCUCAGAAGAACUGGCACGGUGGCAGCACCGCCGACAUACUGAGGACGGCUUUGCCGUCGCAGCUAGAAACUUCGUGCGAACUUUUGGAUGCUCGCACAGAAGUUGAUGCUGCAAAAUUCAGCGCCUUCUUCUCGCCUAGGCCGUCCUUUGGGGUCAUUGGCUGCGAUAGCCCUUUUCCCUCGUCAUGCAGUUCCACAGCGAGCAGUGUUGCCUCCAGCACAGCAAGCAGUCGCAGCAACCGAAGCGACAGCGAUGCCGAAAGCGAAGGCAGCCGUCGUUCUGCUGUUGGCAGCCGCUGUAGCUGCGAUUCUGGUGAAGAGGAGCUCGUGCGGCUCCGCUCCUCAGUUCACGAGGCUCAGGGGUCAUCCGCAGCGUCAUCGCCGACCUCACGUCGGGCUCUACGUCCGGCCCUCCGUCAGUCACAGGGGGGGCCUAAGCGCGCCAAGUCGGUUUCCUUCCAGGCAGGUGGGCCGGUCAUUUGCUCCCCUCCGACUGUGGAGGCGCUUGGUCUCUUAGCCGCCGGAGCCUCGCCAGUGCCAUUCCAGCAGUCUUCCUGCUCUCGCAACGGCUGUACAUCUACAUCGCCCUCGGCGAGUCGCGCAUGUGCUGCUGCAACGGCAGUCACCGCUGCCGCAGCAGCUUCUCCUUCUGGAGCCUCCUCGGCCUCUUCCUGCAUUGGUUCAACAUCGCACUCACAGUCAAGAGGCAACUCCGUUGCAGCUUGCAAACAGCGGCCUAGCGCUCCUGCGGCAGCACCCACGGAAGCCCCUGGCCAUCUGCGGCUACCAGGGACAUUGCACGCUGCGAACAGUGUGCCUCAGGGGAAUUGGUCCGCCUGGAAGCUGCCGACCCGGGCUCACAGCUGCAGCGCUCACUCGGCCCAUGCCGACACCCUCGCACGCACCGCGGCGGGCCGGCAACGAGUGAUGGCUGCCCUGGAAGAGGCAAAGGCCCGCCACGCGCACUUGGGCCGCAGCGCCUUGCAGGCGGGCAGACCUGUGGCGGCUCAGCGUGCUCAGCAAGAGCUGUCCAGCAUGCUGCUGCAGCAGCAGGUUCGUGAGUGUGGCCUGGAGCGUCUAGCGAGUCUGCCCAACCUUCCGUUGGCAUCGAAGGACGCGGGGAUCUUGUCCGUUGGGUACGCUGCAGCUGCUGCAGUUGCAGUGUCGGCACCGGCUACCCAGGAGGAGGUGGUUUCAUCUGAGCAGCGCGGGAGUUGCAGCAAUGCGUCAAACGCAGCUGGGAGCAGCAUCAAGGCGUUGGUGGAGGCUGUCGUGCCGGCCAUUAGUCCUACCAGCUCUGGCCUCAGCACAUCGCUGGUUGCGAGCUUGGCCGCUGCAACACUGGCGACUGGGGGUGCUGCUGCCACGCUCCGGGACGCCUCCUUGGCUGACCGUUUGAGGUUUGCCGGGGCGUUUGCGAAGCAGGGUUGCUAGCCGCCUUGCAAGACGCCAUGCUAGUACUAGUCGUUUACGUAAAAUGUAGUUGUGCUUGCUGUCAGAGCAGACCGUCUGUGACUGCCCAGGCGAGGCAGUGAUCGGAACUGCGGCGCAAGCAGUAGGCUCCACUGCACGGCAGGCGUCGUGGUGUUGUAAGCUGUUUGAGAAGAGAUGUUUUGGGGCUGUUGUGGGGACAUAUGAGAGUGUAUGAGUGUUGAGAGGAUGGGUCUUGAGACCUGCGCAGCGCGUCUUCCCGUGUUGCGAAAUGAUCCAUCGCCAUAAGUCAUAAGACAUAAGAAAGCACUGUUAACGUAUCUUGGUAGCGUGGAGUCCAGUAUGGAGCAAGGGCUGUGUGCAAUCAAUAUGGAGCAAGGGCUGUGGGCACUUGGCUAACAGCAUCAUACUGUAUGCGAUUGCCGGUCCUGCAUAACCUACCACGGCACGCUGUGUGUCGUUCUGGGUUGAAGGCUGCUGAGGUGUGUCGUUUAGCAGCAGACCCUGGUUCCCGUUGGUAUUGAGACAGUUGUUUGACUGGCGCGUUAGGUCAACUGGCUUGAAAGGGCAGCCCUUUGUCUUCUGCAAUCUGCUGGAUGCUGCUGCUGUCAUGACUUGGCGACCUGCAAGGAUCAAGGAUGUUAACCUGAUCUGCAGCGGCAGAGCUGUCCUUGAGGGUUCCUGCUGCAUUGCCGUUGGUCUCCAAUGCCUUAGAUCUACUGACAAUAACAUGGACUUUAUGCAAUGUGCUUGCAUGUCGUGAGUGAAGUAUGGAGUGUAUGCAGUCGUUCUAGUUAUUUUUUGUCCCAUUUCGUGCAAGCGCUGCUUUUGCAAAAGCUCUUUGACUUGUGCGCUACGCAGGUUGUGCCUUUACGGGGCAGCCACGAUUACUAAUCCAGGCCUGCCGUACAUAGCUUCGGUAUGACGAGAUUACGGUGUGCUCUGGCGCAGUCGUGUUCGCUGUGUCGUGACUCUUAGUGUCUGAAGGCAGCGCUAGUUUCGUAUAUUGUGACGGCUUUGUCGUAGAGGAGAUCUAUCGGAACAACUGGUUAUGCGCCAUAAAGCCGCAUUCUCCAAGGUCCGGAAUCCCCCGUUGCUUUGAAGUUUUACAGUUGGGGAAUACCCAUGACUGGGAUGAUGGCCAUGUUAUGCUCCUGUAACCGCGAUUAACAACGAA